AAAAAACACUGUAGGCGUCCUCUCGGGCACCGUACAUUCGCGGAAGUUGGCUAAAAUAUUAAAUAGGAAGGGAUUGUGGCAGUUUUCACUGGAUAAUAUUUUCGGAAUUUUUUUUUUUAUUGCUAUUAUUCCGUUUUUAUUCCAGGACUUUGAACAUGGAAGAUGAAUGGGAAGAGGAGGAGCAGCUUGUUGUGGUGGAGCUCUCUGGCAUAAUCAACAACGACUUUCUGUCAAAGUGUCAGGGCACAUGCAAGAUACUGGGUAUUGACAGUGAGAAGCCCAUGAUGCAGGUGGGACAGUAUGUGUUUGCAGGAGAAUAUGAAGACGCUUUGGGAACUUGUGUGCUGCUUGAGGAGGGACCACAGAAAGGAAAAGCAGACAGUGGUCCAGAGCUCAAGUACAUGUGCCACACCGUGAAGAAACUGAUGAUGCAACGAAUCUUCCUUACUGAGAAAAAAGAGGGUGAAACCAGUACAGGAAGUGGUGAUGGUGAUGAACAGAGGGACACAACCUGUCAGUCCACUCAAGAAGAAAAUGACAACCACCAGGGAGAGAUGGACAACGCAGAUUUGGAAGACUCAGCAGUGGGUUGAGAGGCGGAGGCUUUGCUACAUUAUGACCUUGCUAUGCAAGUGCAGAGACACCAGCUUUUGUGAGGCUGUUGGGGACUCAGACUAUUCAAAAACCGUUGGAUUUACACUUUAUCAGUAAAAAGGAGACUUGUUAGUAUAACUCUAAGUCUUGUACAAUGUGUCACAUUCCUUUUCCAGAAACAUAUAUAAUGCCUUGUGUACAGUGAGGCUCAGAUUCAGGAUAAUUUAAUAUUUAACACACAACAUAAGUAUGGCUAAAUGACCCUUGAAGGGAAAACGGGCUUUUACAAUUCAACAUGUGAAUCCAUUCCUUUCAGAACCACAUGAUAGGGGUCUUUGGACAGGCAGUUACAGAUCUGUGGUGGGGAGCCUCAGCUUAGCGGCAGGAAGUCCUGUCAUUGUGCCUCUCUGAUAUCAACAAUUAAACCAGCAGAGGGCGAGAAACAGAACUGCAACGAGUAGUCGAUCGACAGAAAAUUAAUUGGCGACUAUUCUGAUAGUCACGUCAUUUUGCAAGCAAAUAUGUCAGACAUUUAGCUUUUCAAGCAUCUUAAAUGUGAGAAUUUAUUGAUUUUACUUGUUAAUUAAAUACUUUGGGGCUUUGGGACUGUUGCUUGGACAAAAAAAGAGAUUUGAUGACAUCAUCUUGAGCAGUAGGAAAUUGUAAUGGGUAUUUUUUACUGUUUUGGAUGUUGGGUGCAGGUUAACUGAUCAUGAAAAUAAUCUUCAAUUGCAGCCCUAGACAGAAAUUUGCUUCAGCUGCAAGGUUAUAGUAGAGAUGAUUUGACAGUGAACCAUUUAUUCAUUUAAAGAAGUGAGAAGGGUACUUGACUUAAAAAUAUGAAGCCUUUAUCUUUCUGAUUUGUAAUAAAAUUAUUUUAUCAGCACUAUUAUGGAAACAGAUUUACAGCGUUACCACCAAAGAAAUAAAGGUGUUUUAUUUGUUAAUUAAAUGAAUUGGGCCCAUUGAAAUCUUGCCAUUUUUAUUUUUAAUGUGGGUUUUAUUGUGUUUUUGUUGUUUGGCUUGUUUUGUUUUUUUGUGGAUUCUUUUUCCUACACUGUUCUGGAUUGAGCAUUUGUUUACAAGGCAAAAGUUUGUCACUUGGCUACCAGUCCCUUUUAUGUUUUUUAAGAAUUGUUAAUUAAUUCAAUAAAUAACAUGGCUACGGCA